AUCCUGAGAGAUUGGUCGUAAAGGGGGCGUGGUCGCCCGGGGGAAGGGUGUGGCCGAGGCCCCUGAGUCGAGGGCGCGGCGAGGAUCGCAUGCGGGACCGGACCUGGGGCCCGCGUGCGAGGACCAGGGGCUGGGAGCGGCCAGCAGAGCUACAUGUGAAGAGGAUGGGCUGCGCUGGGAUUCACGAAGCGAUGACGCCGCCUCGGUAAAAUGGCAUCUCAUUAAACAUAGUCUGAUCCACGAGCAGGAAAAAUGUCCGAAAGCCGGUCAUGUUCAAAGCAGAUUCGAUGGUAAUCUAAAUGACCAUAAUGGCUGCUCCAAGUCCGAAGAAAAAGAUCGAAUGCGACAUCAGUAUCGACGACCCAGUCAGUUCAGCCACGUCGGAUAGUGAGCUUGGCGAUGAAGAUUUAGAUUUGGAGUUCAAUGGACAUUUAACUCUGCAGAGUCCAACAGAUGAUGAUGGAACUCUUAUCGGGGUGCGUUCGGGCAUUGGAUUCACAGGUAGUGUCCAUAGUCGGCAAGAGCACCUCCAACCCAACAAGUUCCUUCCUGGACGGACGAUCUUUGAGGUUGUCUCGGCCAAGACGAUGAAAGAUGGCUACAAGAAAUUUGUGCUGUACAGCAUUGCAGUGCUACGGACCAUAGGAACAGACACAUCUCAGGCUAUCAUCGAGAGGCGAUAUUCAGAAUUCCAUGAGUUGAACAGUGCCCUCAAGAAGCAUUUUCCCCAUGCCAUGGAGUCUGUGGUCUUCCCCAAGAAGGCAGUCACCGGAAACUACAAGCACCAAUUCAUUGCGGAGCGCAGUAGGGCCUUUGAACAAUACCUUAGCCACACCUUCCAGAACGACGAAAUCCGCAUGAGUGUGGAGUUCCAGGAAUUCUUUUACAACCAGGACCUGAGGCGCGCCUACAGGUACAUGUCCAAGAAGAACUUUGAGGAAGCGUUGCCUCUCCUACAGAAUGCGCUCCACCUCCAGGAGAAGAUGAUCGGGGAAAAGCACCAUGAUACAAUCCGAACAUCCUGUGCAAUCAUCGUGGUUUAUCUAUCUCGCCUAGAGAGCCAACCCCACGUGCUUGGCUACGCCGAGAAGGCGCUGUCGGACAUUGGUGAUGAUGAAACCAACCCGUUCUUGAUCCCUCUCCUACAGACAUUGAUUGGGGUUAGGUGGAGACUCCAAAAAGACAAGAGAGACUUGGAAGUCAGGCUGUCCCGCUAUGUCAAGCCUGGACUAGGGGGAGGUGAUAUGCCCACACUAGAGGAAUUAGUCAUGCAAAGUCUAUCUCAUUUAUGAAGUUCUGCCAUUUUCAUUGUCAUUAAUUGCAUUUUUUAUCUUGUAUAUUAUCAUGUACAGCAGUAUAUAGAGUUGGUCAGUAAAACAAGUUUUAUGCUUUCCACGUGUAUGUGUACUGUUAUUUAUCUGAGACGUGUCUGUGAUAUUUUUUUGUAGAGAACAGGGGCUGUUAACAUAGAAGAAAUAUGUUUGAUCUUUAUAUGAUACAAUUGAUUACAAUUUAUUUGUACAUGGAUUUCUAUAGACUUUACAGUUACACUUAAUUGUACAAUGGCACAAUUCUUGUCUGGUGACAUUUGGAAACUUUUUGGCUGAAGUCAGGUAGCUUCUGGUUAUCUUAGAGUCAUGUUAGAAGUUCAGCUGUCAUGCAUGUAGACUUCAUGUAUUUUACAUGGGGACCUUCUGUGUUGUAAUGAUUUUCACGUAUUUUUUUAUUCAAUAUGACUGCCACUAUCAAUCUUUGAGCUGUUUUAAAAUCACCAAUGUGCUACAUGUACAUGUAGUUGUUAUCAAUAAAAUUUGCUUUGGUUUCUUAUUUUUUCUAAUUUCACAAGACCUUGUGAACUGUGAAGUGUAGUCUACACUCAUUUGAUGUGCUUUCAAUUUGGUCUAAUUGCAAUUUGGUCUACACUAUACUUCAAACUUGGUCUAAUACCCAUUUAGUCUAUUUAAUCUAAUACUCAAGUGGUCUAAUUUCCACUACGUCAAAUGAAAAAUUUGAUUCAUAAACAAUUCAUCAAAUAAUAUACAUGUACACUAAGUGGUAUAAGACAAGGGGCUCGAAACUCAAAGCUUACCAAUUUUUGUAGAUCAUUUUUUUCACAAUCGAUUGCAUAAACAACAAUGUACAAUUAACAGUGAAGAUCAAGCAAACGAUCAAUCGCAAACCUUUGUGUUACAGUUCCCAGGGUGGUGUUUCAUAAAGCUGUUCGUAAAGUUACGCACAACUUUACGAACGACUGGAACAUGUUCUUACACAUAAGUCAGCUAUAUAGGGAUAUAUCAUAUAGCACAAGAAAGGGUCACCAGUCGUGCGUAAAGUCAUUCGUAACUUACGAACAGCUUUAUGAAACGGGCCCCUGGGGCCCGUUUCAUAAAGCUGUUCGUGUGUAUAUUAGAUGAAGUGGCCUUUUGAAGUGGAAAUUAGACGAAAUGGUAAAUAUGUUUAAUUUUUAAUUGCCCAUAUUCUUAAGUUGGGUUUAAUUGAAACACUGGUCUAAAGUUGUGGCUCAACUAUGGAUAGCCAGUCAUGAAACAAAUCUUGAUCAGUACAAGUUUAAUUUAUUAGCUCAUUUGUUACUCAGAUCACUCAUAGCGGUCAGUUAGAAUAAAAACUGAAUUAGUUUUCUUCCCAUUUUAGCAGAAUGAUAAAAACACUGUAAACAGAAGAAACAUAUAAUGUGAACAAAAUUUUGACAUUUUUGGCUUCCCAUAUUUUUAGCACAGAGUUAGACCCUGGUCUAAUUUAAACCCGACUUCAGAAUAUGGGUCAAUGAGAAGAAUUUAUUGUAGACUAUUAGACUAUCUACAUGUUGGAUGAGACCAAACAAAACUACUGACUAUGUAUUUCUAAGAUCACUUCUUGAGUGCUAUGUUUUGUCAUAUUUUGUAUUCUGACUCUUGGCCUAUCUUUGUAUCAGGUCAAGAGUUCAUGAACGUGUAGGUAUUUUUUGAGGUAACGGUGUAAUGAAAUCUUUUGCUAUGAUAUAAUAGACACCAUGUCAAAAGUCGGAACUGCUAUUUUCCUCAGAAAUCCUGUGAAUGUGCUAAUUUUCAGAUUUCAUCAAAGGAAUAAUAAUAAUAAUGUCAUAUUCUACACAGGGUAGCCACUUCAAUUCCGAAAACUGUUCUCCCAGCAGGCCCUUCUUUACAUGAUCGGUUAUUAUUACCCCAGCUUUAGCACGGCUACCUUGAUCAGGCGCUCGAGCAUUCGAGGAAUUCCUUCCUACCGGGUACCCAUUCACCUCACCUGGGUUGAGUGCAGCACAAUGUGGGUAAAUUUAUUGCUGAAAGAAAACCUGCCAUGAAGACACAAAGCACAGUUAUAGUGUGAUUCCUGCUAAGAUUUGUACUACAGACUUUUGACAAGUUGCCUUAAGGUUUGAUCCAUAAAUCAUGUCAGUAUAUUAAUAUCCAUAUAAUGUAUACCAUCACUAUAGACUUCUUUUUAGUUUACAUACGAGAGUAUUUCCUCAAUACUUUGUAUGUAUAUGUAGCUCAUGUUUCGCAAGGUGAACAUUGCACAAAACUAUAGGUACCAAUUGACUUUGUAAAGUACAGCAUGGACUUGCAACAUCAUCCAAAUGAAGUCUAAAUGCCCCCCC